CUUUUCUACUCGUCCUGCCGAGCCCCGACAUUCAUUCCACCCCGAGCCGGCGGAUCCGCUAGGACGUGCGACCUGUUCUCUCCUCCACCUGUUUCGGGUGCUGCCAGCCGCGCGAGAGGAUCACCGCGAGAGGUGUAAAGGCGAAGGUGAAGGCGAAGGCGAAGGAAGGGAGUGCACGAGAGCGCGUUCACACACGUAAAGGGGCAGGCCGCUGCGAAGUCGCUGCGUCUCGAAAGAUGACGUGUAACUGGGCGUGGUUGCUGCCGCUGCUGUUCUCGCUGGUCUCCAUAGGCAUUUGCCUGCCAGCGGGUCUGAUGGAGAACGCGAAGAAGGCGGACCAGGUCAUGAAGCCGAAAUCAAAACGCACGCAGGAAAUGCUGAUGUUCGGUAAUCAGCAGAACCGACAGGCUACCAACGCUGCUGCUGCUGCUGCUGCCGCCGUUGCCGCCGGUGAAUCCAUCACAUCGAACGCGGAGAAACGGACCCUCGCUGCCUCGGGACUGGGCGGCUUAAAAGCGGCUCUCAUCGAGGACGAUAAACCAUCCCCGGUACAGAAAUCGCCCAGCAACGCUAUGUACGAGCACGAGGCGUAUUCGCCGUACGACAAGAAUUACGACUACGGUAGAGUCAUCGUGAACGAGGUCGAGGAGGAUAUGCCGCGCGUUUGGGACACGAUGCCGUAUUCGCGGUACUACCCUGGUGAGGAUCGGCGCAAGAGAUCGGAAAAGUCCACCGCAACCGCGCGGCCGAGCACCACGCUGCAGCCUCCGACGAGUUCGUACCAAGCGAAACGUCUACCCAGCCUUCUGCCUACCCAGCAACCGGUGCAGGCUCAAGUUAAGAGGAGUAUUCCAUUCUACCAGGAACCGCGAUACAAGCGAGAGCUGCCUCUGGACAUCAAUCCCGACGACGUGUUGACUCUCCUGUCACUUUGGGAGAAUGAACAGCGCAACGGAAACUGGCCCAAGUACGCUAACGACGAGUACGAGAUAGCCGACGGCGAUUUCCUCGACGAGGAGGACCCUAGAAACGUCCUGCCGUUGCUGACGCCGGUGUAUUCCUCGCGGCAUUACGACACGCUGUCGCCCUCCGACAUCGGAAUCGUCCGGACUCACCCGCCCAGCUAUUACGAGCAGUAUGGAAAGCAGUUGGAUCAGCAGUACGAGGGCGCCGCGCCGUACGGCAAUCACGUUAGCCCGCAAUACGAUUUCCUUUAUCCUCAGCGUGCUGCGUACUAUCCGCAGAAGAGGUUCAUGGUGACCAAGAAGCGAACGCAGACCUACGAUCCGUACCCCGCCGCUCAGCUGCAGCUAAGCUCCCAACCGCGAAGCUACCAGUAUCCCCAUCGAAUGGUCUAUUAAAGUAAUCCGCGACGUUGGAGCUGUCUAGAGGGGCGCGAGGAGCAAUGGAGAGGUCUCUCGAACGGAGAUUCUACCGGAAUAGAAGAGGGAAAGGAUCGACAAUCGACAUUUCCCCGAAAGUCGGCGCUCUCUCGACAAACGGCCCUCGCUGUCGCUCCUCUUCAGCUAUCCUUUCUAUCUCAGGAGGCGAAACAAGCGGAGUAGUCGCUCGGUGACGGCGACAAUGCGGAUUUACUCGUUCUAACAAAACACGGUGCUCACAGAGAGAGAGGCUUUCCUCGAGUUCGCAAGAGUCGCGCUGAAGAACCGAGGGUGACGUGAACAAUCAAAUCUCGAUUCGGGCUCUUUCAGUUAAAGUACCUUGAAAAAAAAAAGUGACGAAUUUGCGUUCAGGAUAUUUUAUUGCGAGGAUUAAACGCUGAUACUCUGGCGGGCACCUCGCCGCGGGUCGGUUUAGCACGAAUCUUAUGAUGCAGCGUGUGAAACAUAUCAGAGUCCACGACUCAAUAUCCGGAACGAUAUUUCCUGCGCAGUUGGAAAAAAGUCAGCUCGUCGCGGAAACUCGAUUAGUUUCUCAUCUUUGCUCCCAUCGAGCUCUCUCUUUCCUUUUCUCAAUCCGAUUAAAAAAAGUAAAGAGGAUAAAAAUGAAUCUUCAGCGCACUCUUGUCACUUACUUGCUUAAUGGUAAUGUUACGAUUUUAAGCUCCUUUUGCGUGUAAUACGGGCGACGCGCCCGUAAUGACGCUACGACUGAUUCAUUAAACAAUCGUAGUAUCGAAUCAAAUUACCCUCAGGCUUGGUUUCGACGACUUCGUGACUGAUAUAAAAUAUGCAUACAUAUAUAAAUAUAUAUAUAUAUACAAUACAAAUAUGUAUAUGAGACGAUAUAGUUUUGUUCAUGAGUUAGCAUGAGACUAGAUGUAGGUCUAUUCGUCUAUACUAGAUAAUUCGAGCGAGUAGGAAUUGAGACGAAGUGGAGACGGGAAGGCGAGAGAGGAGACACGUUCGACGUACGUACAUGUAUAGAACGGUGGCAAAAAAAAAAGUAGAGACCAAGCGAAAUUUAUUGCGGAUGCAGAUUAUGUAAGAACCGCGUUGGAGCGUUACCGUGAAAUCGACAAAUACGAAUGUCAAGAAUUCUACAUGUGUUUACGUCAUUUAACUGAGGAAAUGCGAGCCGAACGUUGGUCAACCGGACCGUCGCGUUGUCCUCGUCGUACUUUAAUCAUCGAUAUCUCUGGAAAAAAAAACGAAGAAAGAAGAAGAAGAGGCAAAUGUGAGCAUAACGUAUCGAAGGGAUUUAUCUUCGUAAGGUUUAUCUUCGAACCAAACACGGCCUUCCAUAUUCAACACUCCGAGGAGACUGAACAUCUCUACAUAAUUAAUUAAUGUAAUUAACACGUCCGUUACACAUAUACACACGCGCGCGCGCGCGCGCGCGUAACGUCUUCAUUAAAGAUGUUAUACGUUAUGCUUUCGUUCCUCGCUGAAUUAAUCGCAGGAGGGUAUUCUCACGUUCGCCGCGCUAUUUUUUAUUCAUGAAGUCCUCGAGCGGAGUUAAUUAUGGCGAGGGUAUGAUUAGGUGCUACCUUUUUUUCUUUUCUUUCACGACUCGUGUGUCUCAUACGUUCAAAUCUUUUCAAAUUUCAUUAUCGUCGACGGAAGAAAAAAUAAUGAAUGAUAUUUACUACAGCGUGUUGAAAUCUUUUUCAUGCCUUUCUUCUUUACUCGAUUUAAAUUUUGAUGAUUAAAAUGUAAAAAAAAAAACUAAAAAAAACUUAAAUUGAAUAAACAUUGAAUUAAAAAAAUAUAUAUAAAUUGAAUAAAAUAUAAGGAAAAAUGAUUUUAAAAGAAUUCAUUCUUCAAGGCAAUUAAAUCUAUUCGUGUCUAGAUAGUUUAAUCAGUAAAAAAUAAUGUAAUUGAUCAAAGCUCUGCUAACGCAGUGUCAUGGCAGAUUGACUUCAUAAAUUUAAACGAUUACGAAAUAAUAGAUUCAGCUCGAGUCUAUGCUGACAAAUUACCAGCGUACCAUUAACAUUUUCUUUUACAAAUUACAUUUUUCCGUUUAAAAGCAAGAACGACCCUCGCAAAACUGGAACGUGGUCCUUAAGUGGACAACAGAACACGCGAUAAUGGCGGGGAACCAUUCAUAAUUAUGUUCGGAACAUUUACCCGUUGUUCAACGUAGUUAGGUUUAGAUUUAGCGAUAUAAGUUUCAAAAAUAAAGAAACACACACCCACGUGCAUCACGAACAUUCGAUAUAUUCGCUACGCGUAAUUAAUGUCAGACAGGCAUUAAAUAUCGCAAACGAAAAAGAAUCAGCCAAUUUAGCUUUACUCCUCUACUUGAAUAAUCUUGCAACAACGCACGAUCGAUGUUCAAAACAAUGUUUGCCUGAAAGUGUGUAUUUUUGUUACGUGUCCGGAAAAAGGAGCAAGCAGCGUGCCGUGCACCACCUAACACGUAAUUUCUCUCCCUAUCCCCCUCGCACACACCCGAUGUCCCGUUUACACGUUCUGCGUCUCUUCCUGUUACCGAUGCCCAGACGUCGCGAAGACGUCUCUCAGGACAGGCCUUUUUGGCCGUCUGCGUGUAGUGACCGUGCGCGACGUGAUUACGCCGUUGUAAUUAAGACUUGAAAGCGAAGCCCUCUCCCACUUUUCUUUUCUUCCUUUUUAUAAAUAUAAGCUUCAAUUAUUUCUCAAUCACGGAUCUAGCGGCGAUUAAUUUUUGUCUAUAAGUUGUGGAAAUUGAAAAUAAUAUAUACACUGUCCAAUAAGACGUUCGAAA